CCAUCUUCUCCUUCUCAUUCACAAAUCCAGAAGAAUUAGGGUUUAUCUUCCCGCCGAAACUCACCGGAAAUUGUCUCCGGCGUCUCUCAAUUCGUUUUCCGGAUUAAUGGAUGCAUCAAGUCCUGCAGUUUUUGUGAAUGGAGCUUUGUUGAGAAGGUUCAUUGGUCAGAAAGUGAGAGCAGUGAUUCAAGUGAUGAGGUCAGACAUUGGAUCCGUGAUUGGUAAGUCGACUGAUGAUCAACAGAUUGUUGUUAAAGGUUCGCCUCAGCUGCCUCUGACUACUUACCUUGAGGUCAUUGGAAUUGCUGAGACUGACAACACCAUAAGAGCUGAAGUUUGGACCAACUUUGGAGAUAGUUUCGAUGCACAGAACUACAAUGAACUAUGUAAGCUUGCAAAUGGUGAGUUUAGACACAUGUUCAUCUAAAUUACAGGGAAACUGGACGUGGGAUCGAAGGUAUUAUCAAGUUGGAGAUAUUGUUGAUAUAUCUAGCAUUUGAUAUUUAGUGUUGAAGCUCUUCUGUUUCAUCUUAGUUUCACGGUUGAUCAAUUGUUAUUAUGGUCUUUGAUUUCUGAUCAUAGCUUUCAGAAUUUAAGAGAAACUAUUUUAGUUAAUCUUAACUAUGAAUCAUAUGUUUCAUUGAGUUAAAAAAAAGAAGAGAAUCAUAUGUUUCUUAUGUAA